AACCAGUUCUUCAGCCUGUAUGGAGGAAGGUCGAAGUCAGUUCUCUGAAGAUGCAGGGUCACUAAGAGAUCACAAAUUCACAGGUCAUUCAUGGCCUACGGGGAAGAUCCAAGUGUUGGGAGACGUCUUCCAGUUUACCGUUGAUGUGAGUGAAUUUUCUCCAGAGGAUGUUAUCGUCACGUCCUCCAACAACCUGAUAGAGGUCCGUGCAGAAAAGCUGGGGAAGGAUGGCAUGGUCACCAACACAUUUUCCCACCGGUGCAAACUGCCAUCAGACGUGGAUCCCACAUCAGUGGGCAUGUCGUUGGAGAGCAGCGGCGUCCUGACCGUCAGAGCUCACCGGGUGUUUUAGAGCCUAACAUGUCUGUGUCACAUAAGGUCUUGAACCCUUGAAACGAUGGCGUUUAGCGACCUCUUGCGGUGCACGAUAGAAUGCAACAUUCAAGGACUGUGGGAAACAUGAGCAGUGCCGGUCCAAUACUCCAAAAAAACUGUGUAAUCAUCUGUAGCAGGCCACUGCUGUUACUGUGAUUUGUCAUUUCAGGACAAACAGCAACAAACAGGAAAAACACAAGCUUGUAAAUAUUUGUUUUAUUAAAGGCCACUUUUUAACCUCA